CUGGUCAUUUUCGGAAUUAACGCGGCCCUUUCGUACACCCGGCAGUUAAUAGAGUCAUCGAGUCCGCAAGGAUGUAAGAUCGGAAAAUCGUGACGAGGAAGAAAGUCCAUUUUGUCAACGAGUAAUACGUUCUUUCUCUCGAAUUUGGCCAAAUUUCGAUUCUUUAGAAGAUCAAACGCGUGGCCCAGCGGGUGAAUAAUUUGUAGAGGCUGAAGUAUAGAGGAUAAUUUGACACCUUAUUCCAUCUACGAACGAAUGUUCCCGCGUAGCGAUCAAAGACGAAAGAGACCGCCAUCUUGGAUCGUCGAGCGAUGACGCCGGUAUUGGAUGUUAAUACGAUGGCGUCGUGUUAAAUUGCCACUGUUUUGCCCUCCGCACGUUCGGUUUGAAGAUCAAAUUAUGAUGUUUCGCGGAGAUAAUCGGUGCUGCCGACUAAAAUCUGGAAUCGGGUGUGUUCGUAAAAGCAUUUAUUUUCUUUGUUUUUCUUCCAUUUUUGGUACGAUCCUCUACUACUACCUGGUCGAACGUAGUGUAGAUUACGGGAACUUGGAUAAUUCCGUGUAUAUAUCUCUAAUUUGGAAGUGGGAUUCCUCCCAAAGUCCCGUAAACAAAUUGGCGGAACCUUUACACACGCGAGAACACGCCAAUUACUUAGUUGUGUACGAUUACAUAGCGGCAGAUAAAUUUUACCUGGGAAAUUCUAGCGUAACCUUGACGACGCAAGGCACCUACGAAUUUCUGCACCACGUCGAGCAGUUGUGCCUCCGUUGGAAGGCGCCCGCUUCGAUAGCCGUUUACGCACCCGGUCGGGAUUUCUAUCCGGCGGUACGGAGAAUUCUAUAUCUACGUCGGUGUCGACACCCCUGCUUGAAGGCCAACGUCACUUGGCACCUUAUCGUCGAUAAGGCGCACGCGCCUACCCGAGAGGAUACGCUAAAAGCGCGAGAGAUGCCGGUGAAUUGCCAAAACGACACCUUUAACUUUAUCAAUUUUCGAGAAACGCACAAAUUGUCUUACCCCAUCAACUUGGCUCGUAACGUAGCCCGAAAGAUGGCUCGGACCCACUACGUUUUGGCCUCGGACAUCGAAUUGUACCCGUCUCUGGACUUGGUUCCGCGGUUUCUGGAUAUGGUCCUUGAACAUAAUGUCUCUUCGCUACGUGUCUACGUUUUACCAGUCUUCGAGGUGGAGGAGAACAGUAAAGUUCCCGAUACGAAGAAGGAAUUAUUAGAGAUGAUGUCCAGCAAGAAGGCUGUUUUCUUUCACAAACUGGUGUGUGAUGCGUGUCAUAAAUUUCCUGAUAGAGAUCGCUGGCUGAAGACUGCUCCUCCCGAAGAUUCUAUGACUAUCUUUUCUACUGUUAAGCACGCGCCACCGUGGGAACCGUUUUACAUAGGAACCAACAACGAGCCGCCUUUUCACGAGAAUUUCACGUGGGAAGGGAAGAUGAACAAGUUUCCUCAGGUUCUGGAGAUGUGUUUCAUGGACUACGACUUCUGCAUCUUAGAUAAUGCCUUUUUGGUCCACUCUCCGGGGAUAAAGCGCAUAGACCGUGCGUCGGAACGUCGCAGAGCUCCUUACGCCGUCAACAAUACGAAGUUGUAUCGGCUAUUACGUCGCGACCUGACCCGGAAGUACCGUCCCAGAUUUAACUGUAUGAAAUAAACUUCCGGUUCGAGCGAACAAUUUGAAUUCGAGAACACCCGGUAGUCUGGUAUCCUUUUUAAUUCUUACGUUUAAAGAAUUAUAAUGACAUUCGUUGCGGAGAUUCUCCCGAGUUCUUUCUCAUUCCCACCACUUACAGUACAUACGUAUUCGUAUUAAAGGCUCUUUGUCGAAGCCGCACACAGGGAUUUGUCGUUACUUACAAUCGUAAUAGAUACGUUUACGCGGUGCAGUUGGAUACUACUACCCUACAUAACAGCAUUUAUUAGCUAAAAUAAAAAAUAUCGAUACCCUCCUGUUUAAUAAUAAUUUUUACUUUUCUAACUAUAAAUGUGGCUUUUUAAAAUGAAAUUAAAAUUUUUAAUCCACAACAAUUCGCUUAAUAUUAAAGUCUCUCGACACAACGUUGAAACAUUCGCGCCAUGUUAGUUUGGAGCGCGACGCGUAUGGGAAUACGUAAUACGACACACUCUACGACGCGUAUAAUAGUAUUAUUUCGUCACACAAAAUAACGUAAUCGAGUGAUUCUCGCGUUAAAGAGUUAAUCGGAAUUUGACGUCGUUACCUUUGAAUAAAAGAAGAAAGGAUUUAGGCCAUUUGUAAACCGUAACUUUUAGUGACGUCUCUCGUUUACUAUUGUUUACAAAUACAAAAAAAAAGUCAAUUUCAUUACUCGAAACUAUAAUUAUACGCCACGACAAUCCACGCGUGUACGAUGCUUAACGAGUUUAAAAAUCGUGACCAGGAAAAUGAAGCGGAACGGAAAUUCGUUUUGAGAUGCGAUCGACACAGAGUUUUAUUUUCUUAAAAAGUAAAUAAUAAAAAUAAAAGUAAUUUAAAAAGUUUUGAGGGAUGAAGAACCUCUUCCAUACUCGUAAAACGAAUAUAGAACAAUUUUAUGCGAUUGUACUGUACGUUUCUAGAUGUUAUGGGGUGAAAAUUGUAGAUAAAAACUGAAGAUAAAUGCGUACGUAUUUGUUAAAAGUAAUUUUACACCAGAUAUUAAGUGUCGCGCAUUAUUGUUUGUUUGAUAUACAACUUCUUUCUCGAGGACAUUCCAGAAAUUCAUUUAUUUUACACGCCGUAGCGAUGAUUAACCGUGAACGUGAAAUUAUUUUACUAUAUUAUUC